AUGGGGCUGCUGCAGCACGGCGGGCUGGAGGGCGCGCGGGCGAAGGCGCUCGCGCUGCUGCAGCAGCUGCAGCGCCAGGGCAAGCUGCAGCAAAACUUCAGCAGCAGCAGCAGCAGCAAACCCGAAGUUUGCCGCAGCGGCGUCUCUGGAGUUUAUUAUGAACCUGAAGAAAAGCUUUGGGUUGCUGCUUGGCAGCAAGCCGGGCUGCGCUGCUUCCGGGCUUUUUCCGUGCUGCAGUUGGGCUUUGCUGCUGCUUUCCGAGCAGCAGCAGCAACGCGGCAGCAGCAGCUCGCCCUCAACUACCAGUUCGUCAUAAAGAGGCACAGAAGACGCGCGGGCAGGCAGCCUCUCAAGUGA